AUGUACACCGUGGCUCCUGCUCCGGGUUGUCUUUCCCGCCAACUGCACGUUUCUGGACGUAAUAAAAACAUUAAAGACAUUGAUCUUGGUGCUGUUUUCUUUACGCAUGAGGAUAAGGAGACUCUGGCCCUUAUUACAUCGUUCGACCUUUCACAUAACUGCAUUGAAAAGUUACUACAUCUGGAUGCCCUCGUGUCUCUUACAAGUUUGGACGUGAGUCACAACCGCAUUAACGUUGUUGGCACACUCCCUAUUACCAUCACACGGUUGAAUCUCUCUAACAACGGGUUGGUAACGCUUGACAACGUUGGGGCACUGCGAAAUCUGCGUGAGCUGGAUGUGAGCCACAAUAGGCUCGAUUCCUUUAUUGGCCUGCGGUCCAUUUCCACGCUCCAGAUAUUGAGGGCUGACAAUAACCGUAUUUUUAGUGUGUCGGAGCUGGGCUGCAUGACCUCGCUGCAUUUUCUCAGUCUUGAUCAUAACGUGAUUAGAAAUGUCAACGAGCUUGUCUUUCUUACAUCGACCAAGCACCUUGAGAUGCUUUCGUUAUGUGGUAAUCCCGUUUCAAACAUGAAGGGAUACAAAAAACUUAUAACUCAGUUGUGCCCCGGUCUUCUUUCCCUGGAUGGAUUGCCUCUUGCAAGCGACACAUCGGAGUGUGUCGUUGAUGUGCCGGACGACGACGAGGAGGAUGAGGAAUUACUUACUCCUGUCGCACGACUAGGGCCGUGCCCGGCCCCGCACCCGCUGUUGAAGACUAAUCGUGCCGUCCAUGGUGGAAAUGUUCGCGUUAAUGGCUUUCUUCUUGUGGAAGGACAAGGAGGUGAGUCGGCUACUGGAAAAGGCGGCCGUGCAGAUUCCUCUGUUCGCCGUUCUGUAGUUGCUACCAAGUGCUGUGGAAACAAGCAGUCUGCUGCAACCGAAACAGGAAAGCCCCCGGAAAAUGAUCUUUCGAGCAUCAAGGUUGCUAGUAGUGAUACUUCCGUGUCCUCAAAGCAACGGGACUCUCUAAAUGUGGGCCCAGAAGGAUCAGAACGGCCCCAGCGGGGAAUGCAAAAACAGCGGAAGCUGCAGCAACUGCAGACUAGAGGGUCAGGCGUUGAAGCUCCUACCAUCUCUAAAACCACUUCUUCAUACGCCAGUAAGAUUGCAUCCAAAGUUUCUCAUCAUUCAAGCGAGGAAAAAGACGGGAGUUCAUCUUUUUCCGGUUCCCAACCUUCGCGAGAUACCGAGCGAUUACUGCGGGAGACACAGGUGCUUGUAGAGGAGCUUAGGAAAGAAAAUGGAUACCUGCGCGCGCGCAACAAGAAGAUUGAGGCCCAGCUGAGAGAGGUGCGCAGAGUUGUGACGCACCAGCUUGACGAUAUAACGGACCUAAGAAAGCGAUGUGCUGCUGCCGAGAGCCUUGUGGCUGCGUCCAAAGAGCAAAUGGAAAAAGUUAAACGGCACGCGCGUGCCACUGGAAAAUACACACACAGUGCGGUGGAUGCUAUGGCUCUGGAGCAGGAGCGCCUGCGGGCAGGUUACGAGGCUCAGAUUGCGGACCUCAACGUGCAGCUGAGGGACGCGCAGAUGCGAUCAAAGAAAGCGACAAUGUGUCCUAUCCAACAAUCGAGAAGUGGGAAGGUCCUAACGUUAAACACAGAAGAUAUUAAUGGUGCCUGCACCGAAAUUGAAAUAUCGUUGGGAGAGGGUAUGAGUAGUCCUACGAGAGAGGGAUGUGAGUUAUCUCUUGUUUUGUCUCCCACCGACACGACGACAAGCGACUCGGAACGCUCUGUUACACGCGACUUUUGUGAUGAUGCUGGAGUUUUGAAUGGCAGUGUAAACACAUCCGGCAUCCACAAACCUAAAGGCACGAGGGACACCGAAGAGAGCGCGUGUCUUGAAUGA